AUGGGUCUUACAGGCAUUCGCACGGCCAUGAAGGUCGAUCGGAACAAGCCUGCAGGAGAACAGAAUGGUUUGCAUCAUUGGGCUAUUCCCUCAUGCGCGACAGUCAAGAAUGGCGAAGUCGUCAAGAUCGAAUGUGUCGACUGGACCGGCGGGCAGAUUAAGAACGACGAUUGCGCCGAUGACAUGCGCGACAUUGACUUAACCCGUGUGCAUUAUCUGACAGGGCCCUUCGAGAUCGAAACCGCCCAACCAGGUGAUGUGCUGCUCGUUGAAAUCCAAGACGUACAGCCAUUCCAAGACCAGCCGUGGGGAUUCACGGGCAUCUUCGACGCGAAAAAUGGCGGUGGUUUCUUGGAUGAGCACUAUCCCCAUGCAGCAAAAGCUAUAUGGGAUUUUGAAGGCAUCUUCUGCUCAUCCCGCCACAUUCCUCACGUCCGCUUUGCGGGAUUGAUUCAUCCGGGAAUCCUAGGCUGUGCGCCUUCUGCUGAGGUCCUCGCUGAGUGGAAUCGACGCGAAGGUGAACUUGUCACUACCCAUGCCCAUUUGGAUAGGGUUGUCGCGAAGCCGCCCGAGCCCGUUAAUGUCCACGCAGGCAGUGCCAGCGGCGAUAUCAAGGCGAAGGUGGGAAGGGAGGGAGCGAGAACUAUUCCCGGCCGCCCCGAGCACGGCGGGAACUGCGACAUCAAAAACCUCAGCCGCGGCAGCAAGGUAUAUCUCCCAGUGCACGUUCCCGGCGCCAAAUUCUCCGUCGGCGACUUGCACUUCUCGCAGGGCGAUGGCGAAAUCUCCUUCUGCGGCGCCAUCGAGAUGGCCGGCGUAAUCACCAUCAAGUUCAACGUGAUUAAAGGCGGCAUGGCGCACAUGGGCAUGAAAUCUCCCAUUUUCCAUCCGGGCCCCGUUGAGCCGCAGUUCGGCCCCGGUCGCUACUUGACCUUCGAGGGCUUCAGCGUCGACCAUACCGGCAAGCAGCACUACCUGGAUGCGACGAUUGCGUACCGCGAAACCUGUCUGCGAGUGAUUGAGUAUCUGCGCCGUUACGGCUAUGACGAUUACCAAAUUUAUCUGUUGCUUAGCUGUGCGCCUGUCCAGGGGCAUAUUGCGGGGUUAGUGGAUAUUCCCAAUGCGUGCACGACCUUAGGGGUGCCGAUGGAUAUUUUUGAUUUCGAUAUUCGCCCUGAGUCUGAGGUUGUGAAGAUGGAUAUGGGAUCCUGUGCAUAUACAAGUGAUAAGAUGAACAAGUAA